GCAGCAGCAGCAGCAGCAGAACAGCGGAGGCACCUCGGCGGUCACAGCCCCUGCGCUGGUGUAGCCACCCUCGCCUGCUCCGCUCUUCCUUCCUUCGCUCGCACCAUGGCUGAUCAGCUGACUGAAGAACAGAUUGCUGAAUUCAAGGAAGCUUUCUCCCUGUUUGACAAAGAUGGUGAUGGCACCAUCACAACAAAGCAACUUGGGACUGUCAUGAGGUCACUGGGUCAGAACCCAACAGAAGCUGAAUUGCAGGACAUGAUCAACGAAGUGGAUGCUGACGGGAAUGACACCAUUGACUUCCCAGAGUUCUUGACCAUGAUGGCUAGAAAAAUGAAAGAUACAGAGAGCGAAGAAGAAAUCCAUGAGGUAUUCCGAGUCUUUGACAAGGAUGGAAAUGGUUACAUCAGCGCAGCAGAAUUGCGCCACGUCAUGACAAACUUAGGAGAGAAGCUAACGGAUGAAGAAGUAGAUGAGAUGAUCAGAGAAGCAGAUAUCUAUGGAGAUGGACAAGUCAACUAUGAAGAAUUCGUACAGAUGAUGACUGCAAAAUGAAGACCCACUUUCAACUACUUUUCCCUCUAGAAGAAUCAAAUUGAAAUCUUUUACUUACCUCUUACAAAAAAAAGAAAAAAGUUCAUUUAUUCAUUCUGUUUCUAUCUAGGAAAACUGAAUGUCAAAUGUACCUUCUGUCCACACACAAAAUCUGCAUGUAUUGGUUGGUGGUCCUGUCCCCUAAAGAUCAAGCCCCCACAUCAGUUUUACAGUAUAAUACUCGUACUACCUUAUAAGGAAGCACUUAGUGGACUCCUUAAAGUUCCAUUUGCUAAUGAUUAAUACACUGUUUGGGCUGGCCAGUUUCUCAUGCAUGCAGCUUGACGACUGAGCACAGUCAGGCCUUUGUAUUAAAACCAAAAAAUGGAAAAAACAAAUUCAAAAUCUCAGAUAGGUUCUACAAUUUGUUCAGAUCAAUUGUCAGUAGCCAGUUUGCUGCAAACAAACAUUUAAAAUUGGUUUACCUGGAUGAUGUACAGAAAAUGGGUGAAGCUGAACUUUGAGACACAGCCCCAGAAGUAGGAUGGCCCUCUUGUCCUUGAAGUGCUCAACCCCAUGGUGACGAUGACACCUGGUGGCGUGCCUGAGUGAUGGUUUAGUGUUGUGUGUGUUGUACUAGAGUGAAGUAAACAUCAAGGCUGUUACCAAAUCACACAAAUUUUUAAUAAGAAAUGUUUACCAAGGGAGCAUCUUUGGACUCUGUUUUAAGACCUUGUGAACCAUGACCCGGAGCCAGCAGAGUAGGCUGUGGCUGUGGACUUGAGCACAACCAUCAACAUUGCUGUUCAGGAAAUUAGAAUUUACGUCCAUUCCAAGUUGUAAAUGCUA